AUGCAAUGCAAUGAGUUGAAGAGGAAGACAGCUAUCUUUAAAGAGAUCCAAUUGAUGCAAUGGGUGGACGAAAAGGGAUCGGUCAUCACCAAAGGGACCCAGUACCACAGGAGGGUGAGGCCAGACGGCAAACUCAUCGACACCAACUUCACCUACACCUUCACGCCCACACGGCACCACAAUGGGCGGACUCUUACCUGCCAGGUGUUUAGCCCAGCGCUGAACACCGCCCUGACGACCGAGGCUGUAAUUAGGGUGAAAUAUCCCCCUUACGUGCAACUAGUUUUCUCGCCGACCAAGUUAAAGGAGGGAGAGGAGGCCUUCGUCACGUGCAAAGUGGACGCCAACCCCAACAACGUGACUUACCGCUGGUUUCGCGAGGGCAAGGAGGUGCUGGGCGUCGCGGGAGCCACCAUGCCCUUGGGUGUCCUGUCGAGGAGUAACCAGUCGGCCACGAUAGCCUGCGAGGUCACCAACGCCCUGGGCACGGCGAGGAAGACGGACCAGCUCAAUAUUCUUUACCCGCCCAUGUUCCUAGCGGAGCCCAGCAGCGUGUCGGGUGAGAUCGGGAACAUGGUGACGAUGAAGUGUCGGGUGGACGCGAAUCCCGUGGCCGAGAUUUACUGGUCGAGGCUCCGGGACAACGAGCUGGUCGGCAAAGGCGAGGAACUGACCAUCGAAGCCUCCAAAGCCACCGCGGGCGUGUACGUGUGCUCCGCCCGCAGCGAGACCUUCCCUCCCCUGGACGCCCAACUUCACCUGAGGCUCCGAGGCCCUCCGAGGAUCAAGACGCCCGCGGUGUUGGUGGUGCGGGAGGGACAGAAUGCGGUGUUGAGGUGCUCCGUGGUGUCCGUGCCCCACCCGGUGUCGCUCGCGUGGGAGAAGGGCGGCGUGAGUCUGAGUCCGGACGGCGACUGGGAAGUGAAGGAGGACCAGAGAGCUGACGGCGUCGUCUCCACGCUGACGAUCUUCAACGUCUCGCAGGAUGACUACGCGUCCUACAACUGCACGGUCAUCAACGAGUACGGCGUCGGGACACAGCAGGUCAUCCUCCAGAGACCACCCCUCAUCCCCUUCAUGGUCAUCGUCGGCGGCGGUGGCGGGUCGUGCUCGUCGUCAUCCUCGUCAUCUUCUUCAUCUUGUGCGGAUGCCGGCCGAAGGAGCGGAAGGAGAAGGCUGCCGACGCCCCCGAGAAAGGCGCCUUCGCCAACGGCAUCAGCGGCAAGCACCACGAGAGCCAAGACGUCAACGGAGGAGGAGGCAUCGAGCUCGCCAAGACGGAGAAGGUGCUGCCGAACCUCAUCCCGGCGGACGCUCGCUCCACGGGCAAGGACUCGGACAACAAGGAAGAGAGGUCGAGAGCCAACUCGUCCCUGUCUGAUGGCGAGCGAGAGUCCGACAGCGGCUGGGAGAAGAAUAGCACUAAUUGUUCGGGUAAACGGGUCUUAACCCCUUCAUUGGGUCGUGCACACUACACCUCAGCGACCACAGUGUUCCCCCCUCCCGAUGACGACUACAUGCCUUACGUGGACUACACCCGGGACUACCUCCGAGUCCCCGUGAGUCCCACUGACUCCAGCACCCACUUCCAGAUCGGAGGUCCGUACAGCUGCUACACGCCGGCCAGCGACCAGCCCUCG